CUCUCUUUCUAGAAUCCUGGUGUGGUGUGUUGUGUUGUGUUGUGGGCGACACUGUCACUUCAAGAGGAGACCCCCAGAGAGGGAGGGGAUGUCUAUGUGUGUCCGUGUAAGCCUAAUACUAUCCACCAUUUAUGACAUCAUCAGAAGGUGCCUCCAUGCCUUCGUGAGAGCAGUAGUAACACCAGAAGAAGAGAAGGGACAGUGGAUCAUGGAGCAGCUGCUGACCUCCAGACAACAAACUGCUAGGCAGAUCAAGGCCCGUUUCCUGGAGGCCCUACAGACCAACAACGUAGCAGAGGUCCUGGAGAUACUGUACACCACCAACCUGGACAUCGACACCGUGCUGGAGGUGGAGGAUAAACGCAUGGUCCUGGCCUCAUACAAGCAAGGUUGGGUUGGGGUUGUGCUAGUCAGUUUGGAUUCCAGACUAGGGUUGUGCAUGGUAGGAGUAUGCAGGAACUAAGGUAAAGCCAUGGUUGUGAUUUCAUUCACGCAUGGUAAAGGUGAACACUGCUAACACUGUUGAAAAACGUUUCUUAAACGGAAGCAAAAAGGGGAUUAACAUACCUGAAUUUGUCCAAUAGAAACUCUCGUUUGCAACUGUUGGACUAAAAAUUACACCCUAUAUCAGCUAGAUGCAGGCAAGAGUGUGCAAGGUGGUAUUGAAUGUCACUGUCUGUCACCUCAAAUUUGUCUCUCGACCUGUGGGCACCUAUGUUGUAAACUUUCAUUCAUAGGCUAAGUUGUAACAACCUCAUGAUGGGUAUAGGGAAAAUGUGAGUAUCAUGUAGUAGCCUAAUCCUAUCGCUGUUACAUUGAACUGGGUGAAUGGAAUAUGAAUGAGAGUCAUCCAAUAUGCUGUAAUAGAAAUAAGGCCAUGCUCAUGAAAAUAAAAUAAUCCUCCCUCAUCUUAAACGGCACUGACCGCCGCUGCAGCCAAUAGCAAGUUGCAGUAGUCCAGACAGGAGAUGUCAAGCACCUGAAUUAGGACCUGCGCCGCUUCUUGUGUGAGGAAAGGUCGUAUUCUACAGAUGUUGUAGAGCAUGAACCUGCAGGCGCAAGUCACUGCUUUGAUAUUUGCAGAGAACGACAGGGUGUUGUCCAGGGUCACGUCAAGGUUCUUUGCACUCUGGGAUGGGGACACCGUGGAGUUGUCAACCAUUAUGGAGAGGUCUUGGAGCGACAGGCCUUCGCUGGGAAGAAGAGCAGCUCUUUCUUGUCGAGGUUGAGCUUGAGGUGGUGGGCCGACAUUCACGGAGAUAUCUGCCAGGCACACAGAAAUGUGUGUUGCCACCUGGGUGCCAGAAGGUGGAAGGAGAAAAGUAGUUAAGUGUCAUCCGCAUAGCAAUGAUAGGAGAGACCAUGUGAGGAUAUGACAGAGCCAAGUGACUUGGUGUAUAGAGAGAAGAGGAGAGGGCCUAGAACCGAGCCCUGGGGAACACCAGUAGUGAGAGUACGUGGUGCAGACACAGAUCCUCUCCACGUCACCUGGUAUGAGCGGCCUGCCAGGUAGGAUGGAAUCGAAGAGUGUGCAGAGCCUGAGACACCCAGCCUUGAGAGGGUGGAGAGGAGGAUCUGAUGGUUCACAGUGUCGAAGGCAGCGGAUAGAUCUAGGAGGAUGAGAACAGAGGAGAGAGAGUCAGCUUUGGUAGUGUGGCGAGCCACCGUAACACAGAGGGGUCAAGUGUUGGUUUCUUGAGGAGGGGAGCGACUCGGGCCAUUUUGAAGUCAGAAGGGAUGCAGCCAGUGGUCAGGGAUGAGUUGAUGAGGGAAGUGAGGAAUGGGAGAAGGUCUCCAGAGAUGGUCUGGAGAAGGGAGGAGGGGAUGGGGUCGAGCGGGCAGGUUGUCGGGCGACCAAAGCUCACUAGUCUCAGGAUGUCAUUGGGAGAGAGAGGGGAGAAAGAGGCUGAAUAAUGAUUGUAAAAAAUGUUAAUAUUUGUUUUGUUUUUUUCACUACUCUAGGUUUCUGGUUGCCGGACUACAAGCUAGAGUGUUCUUGGGCGAUGGCCCUCCACGUUUGUGUGAUGUACAACUACCUGGAGACAGCCCUGGUGCUGCUGCAGAAGGGGGCGGCGGUUAACAGGAAGCCCAAUGGGAAGACCCCGCUUCAUGUGGCCUGUACGGUCGCCCACGGCGACUGUGUGGCCCUGUUAUUGGGCCACGGAGCGAGGGUCAACAGCCUGUCUCUGAGCGGACACACACCACUACACUAUUGUAUAACUAAAGAGUCUGUGGAAUGUGCCAAGCAACUCAUUCUUAAUGGUGAGAAUGGAUGGCGAUUAAAUGAAAAAUACAGGUGUUCGGUGCAGGUCAAAUCGUGUUAUUUUGAGGUUGCCAUGUCUUUGGAUAUGCAAAAUCAUGUGAUUAAGUAGGCAUACUGUACUUAUGCAUGUUCUAUCUCCCUGCCUCCCUCCCUCCCUACCUCCAGGGGGCGAUGUGAACAAACCCAGUCAGAGCAAAGACGAGGACACACCUUUACACACGGCAGCCCGCCUGGGCAUCCCUGAGCUGGUGGCUCUCUACAUCUCCCACGGGGCCCAGGUGGACGCUGUCAACUCUCUCCAGGAGACGCCCCUGAUCACUGCAGCCUUCUGGGCUCUGGACAUCCGUGAACAGACCUACAGCGAGGACCACCACCUGGUCUGUCGCAUGCUGCUGGACCACGGCGCAGGUGAGGUAAAACAGAAUAGUGUUCUGGGUCACUCCUAACAGAUGAGGUCUGGGGCCAUACUGUAUGUAUCAAGUGUCUCAAAGUAGGAGUGCUGAUCUAGGAUCAAGUCCCCCCAGUCCAUGUUGUCUUAUUGAUUGUGAUCUUAAAACCCGCUAGAGUCGAUGUCCGCGACCCCGCAGAAAUCUAAUUAGAAUUUUUAAAAAACCUGUCAGUUUAAGCUAGAGAUAUCUGUUUUCUGCAUUGGAUGCAUCUCAAUCCACAGCAUCCGCCGAUGUCGCACUUCCACAUCUGCUGUGAAAGGUGACAGAGCUAGAGCGGUGUUUGUCAGACCGUGAGAAAACCCGUCUUCUUUCAGCCGAUCUGCCAACACGAUGGUGUUCUCCGUUUUGCUCUAUGACCCCCACAAGCUUCUUGGGACUGGUCUGAAGUCAGUACAGCCGAUCUGCCAACUUCUGUCUGUAGCGUCUGAACAGUUAGGGCUACACACUAAUGUUUUAUUUUUAUUUUUAUACUUAACAUUUUUACAUUUUAGUCAUUUAGCAGACUCUCUUAUCCAGAGCGACUUACAGUUAGUGAGAGCAUUUUUUUUUUUUUCAUACUGGCCCCCCGUGGGAAACGAACCCACAACCCUGGCGUUGCAAACGCCAUGCUCUACCAACUGAUCUACACGGAAAGGUGAGACUCUCACGAACACGUACAUGUCGGUUGCCCACAGGCCUCACAAGACUUGUCUCAAGGUCCCCCGGUACCAGUUGAAAAAAUGAAUGGAAGUAUAUAUGGAGACUGUUUAGUGCCAAAAAUAAGGGAUUAAAUACAUGUAAAAAAUAUAUAUAUAUUGUUUCCUGAUCUUUCUUAUAUCUCUCAGAUAUAGGACAGACACUUCAGAACAAACUUCCUUUAGAUUUUUUGGAGGACUAUCUGUUGUUCCAUGUAGUGAAUCUGUUAUUCAAUGCGUUUGUACGGGCUAAUAGCAGUAAGGCCCAAAAUUUUUUUUCAUCAAAUAUUUUUUUAUACUUCAAGUGGUCAGAUGCAUUAUCAUCGUCAGGAUGCAAAAUUACUUUGUCUGUGUCUCAUCACACCCCUACAGAAGGCCUCACAUCAUAUCUUCUAGGCAUUUGUCUAGGUAAUUGUGUAUGCUAAAUACUGUUAGAAAAAAAUAUGAAAAGGAUGCAAACUACAUUACUGUUUACCCUUUGUUGGUUCCAGACCCUAACCUUUAUGAAGAUGACUAUAAGACAGCCCUGCACAAGGCCUCCUGGAACUGUGACCACGUGCUGAUGCAGAUGCUGCUGGAGGCGGGGGCGGACACUACGACCAUGGACAUCAACGGCUGUGAACCCAUCCAGUACGUCCUGAAGGUCACCUCCGUCAGGCCCAUGGCCAUCCCCGAGUUCUGUUACCAGCUGCUUCUCAACUUCGGAGCUCCACGGGUCUACCCGCCGCAGUUCCACAAGGUAGGGGAAACACUUUGGAGGUCAGCAGAGAUACCCGCCGCAGUUCCACAAGGUAGGGGAAACACUUUGGAGGUCAGCAGAGAUACCCGCCGCAGUUCCACAAGGUAGGGGAAACACAUGGAGGUCAGCAGAGAUACCCGCCGCAGUUCCACAAGGUAGGGGAAACACAUGGAGGUCAGCGGAGAUACCCGCCGCAGUUCCACAAGGUAGGGGAAACACUUUGGAGGUCAGCAGAGAUACCCGCCGCAGUUCCACAAGGUAGGGGAAACACAUGGAGGUCAGUGGAGAUACCCGCUGGAGUUCCACAAGGUAGGGGAAACACAUGGAGGUCAGCGGAGAUACCCGCCGCAGUUCCACAAGGUAGGGGAAACACUUUGGAGGUCAGCAGAGAUACCCGCCGCAGUUCCACAAGGUAGGGGAAACACAUGGAGGUCAGUGGAGAUACCCGCUGGAGUUCCACAAGGUAGGGGAAACACUUUGGAGGUCAGCAGAGAUACCCGCCGCAGUUCCACAAGGUAGUGGGAACACUUUGGAGGUCAGUGGAGAUACCCGCCGCAGUUCCACAAGGUAGGGGAAACACUUUGGAGGUCAGCAGAGAUACCCGCUGGAGUUCCACAAGGUAGGGGGAACACUUUGGAGGUCAGUGGAGAUACCCGCCGGAGUUCCACAUGGUAGGGGAAACACUUUGGAGGUCAGCGGAGAUACCUGCAGGAGUUCAGUGGUGUAAAGUACUUACAUAAAAAUACUUUAAAGUACUUAAGUCGUUUUUUGGGACAACUUUUACUUUUACUUCACUACAUUCCUGAAGAAAAUAAUGUACUUUUUACACCAUACAUUUUCCCUGAUACCCAAAAGUACUCAUUACAUUUUGAAUGCUUAGCAGGACAGGAAAAAGGUCAAAUUCACACACUUAUCAAGAGAACCUCCCUGGUCAUCUCUACUGCCUCUGAUUUGGCGGACUCACUAAACACAAAUGCUUUGUUUAUAAAUGAUGUCUGAGUGUUGGAUACUGCAAGCUUCACAAAAAAAAAAGUAAUUGUUAAAACAUUUCUAGCCUGUCUAUGGGUAACAUGUUAUGCUCGACCCGCUCAGUUUUUCACCACAAAACACCAGAAAAUUGCCAAAAAGAGUAGAACCAGCUCACCUGCUUUUAUACUAUGAUUUGACUAUUAGAUGUUCAAUGUUUAUUUUGGAAAAAAAUAUUCAAAAAUGAAUAGUUUCACCAUAUUAAAACAAGAGUUCCUUUUACAUAACAGGGUUGACCUUCAAAUGAGGGACAGACAUUAUAUGUGAUUAGAUGAAUCACUAAUCACAUGGAAUAAAUAAUAACUAGGGCUUUACAAUGAUGGUGAAAACUUGUUGUACAAUGUUUGGGUUAAGUGGGUUAAAAUCUUCCAAGAAGUCACAGAGGGUGCACAGAGGGACAUGUAACACAUUUGGCAUUUUAGCAAGUCUUUAUUCAUAUUAAAAAUCGGAUUUAUUGAAUUUUCCAUGUGAUCUAUGUUAAAGGCCACGUCAUUUCAUAUAACAGGCUUUUAAAAUUAAAUAUUGGUGCACAAUUCUACUUAAAAUAUCAAAGGAAUGCAAAAGGUACUCAUUUGGAGGAACGACCCAUUUGUAGGUGUUGCAGGCCUGCCAUGAGUAUCCCAAUGCAGUGGAAGUCAUGAUGAACUCAUAUGAGCGCAUCAAACCCACCAACAAGUGGAGAUCAUCCAUUCCUGAAGCCUCCUACAAGGUAACCCACAAACAUACAGUCUCAAAUCUCAUUGUUGGUCUAUGCAGUAUUAUAAAGUUAAACAAAUAAAAAUUUUGCUGACUUAGUUUCACACUAAUCAGGACCAGUCUGAGAUACAUUUAAGAUGAUAUCAUCACCCCAAAGGCAUUAUGCACUGACAUUAAUUUACCUGUAUCCUCCAUAUUAUAGUGAAUUUGAACCCGGGUCCAGCGACUGUCAACCCAACACCUUAGCCGUUACGCCUAGAGAUCCAAACCUUUUGACAAGGUCACUAUGUGUUGGGUUAAGGUCGCUAUGUGUUGGGUUAAGGUCGCUAUGUGUUGGGUUAAGUUCUCUAUGUGUUGGGUUAAGGUCGCUGCAAUAUGUUUCUGUUUUGUUUCUCCAGCAACAUGAGGAAUUCUAUAAGUCCAUGUUUGAUGUGUGCUCCAACACUCCCCGUGGUCUGAUGCACCUGGCCCGGUGUGCUGUCAGGAGGGCUAUGGAGAACCGCUGCCACACGGGGGUAGGUACCCUCCCCCUACCUCCCCCAAUCCAGAGAUACCUGCUACUGGAACCUGAGGGGACCUUCUAU